AUGACCCUUAAAGGUGGCACAACUCAUGCUUGUGCAGCCUGCAAAUACCAAAGGAGAAGAUGCACUCCCAAGUGUUUGCUCGCACCAUAUUUCCCAGCCGACCAGCCCAAGAUGUUUCAAAAUGCGCAUCGCCUUUUCGGUGUGAGCAAUAUAGUUAAGAUUUUGAAAAGUAUUGAUCAAUCUCAAACUCGAGAAGCUAUGAAUUCCAUUAUUUUUCAAUCUAAUAUGCGCGAUAGAUAUCCUGUUGAGGGGUGUUGUUAUUUCAUUAGAGGGCUUCAGUCUCAAAUACACCAGACUGAGAUGGAAUUGCAUGCGGUUCUUACUCAACUUCGUCUUUACAGACAACAACAACAGCAACAAACACAUAUGCAAGAUGGAUCAACUAUUAUAGAUGAUUGUACAUCUAAUCUUCAACUAGGAAUUAAUGCAUUAACCUUGUAUCAUGAACAAGCUGAUGUUAAUUCACUGCCUGUUUCAUCCAAUGAACAACACUACACAAACAACAACAUGAACAUCGCUUACAAUGACGAAAAUAAUUCAAUGUGGAUUCAACAUGCGUACCCCCAGCACAACUUUAGUGGUACUGAAAACAACAAUAUUAUGAGUAACAACUCGGUUUUGACGAUGCAACAACCUCUCUUAGUUUCAUCCCAACAUCAAAAUAUACAAGAAGAGCCAGUCCAAGAUUACGAUGAGAUGCAUACUUAUUUUGAUACAAUUGACGAUAAACAAUCUUAUUUAGAUUCCAAUGACGCAUCUGAUACGAGCUCGGAUACAUCUUUGAAAGAUACAACUAACUCGUUCCAGCAUGUAUCGAAGAAGGAAUUAAAGAAUGCUGCUGCGUGUUUCAGCCUGACUAGUGUCAAUUGA